UUAAAACGUAGCAUGGGACGUAGUGGUGGUGGUUCAAGUACAAUGACAAAUCUUUUCGGACUAAGUAGUUCAACUGGCGGUGGAUUACGUCCAGCAUCUGCUGGUCCUGGCAGUUAUGAAAAUGUUCCAUUGUAUGGUUCUACAACUGGAACUACACAUUUAUCAAGAGAAAUGGAUCGUUUACAUAGAGAAUGUGAAAAUCUACAAAAUCAAUUGAGAACAAGUCAAGAAUCAGAACAAGAAGCUCGUAAUUCAAUGGAUCAGUUGAAAAAUGAUAUUAAAAAUCUUACUCAGGAGACAGAACAACUGAAAGAGCAAAUGAAAGAAUUAGAGCAACAAAAAUCUGAAUGUAAUAAUGAAUUGACAAAAACUCAACGUGAAUUACAAAUAAAAACUGAUGAAGCCAAAGACAAACUGACACAUACACAACAAUUAUUGAUUGAAAAAACAAAUCAACUUGAAAAUGCUGUGAAUCAAUUGAAUAAUGUACGACAAUAUUGUUCCGAACUUGAACAACGUAUCAAUGAAAUGUCACAACGUUUAAAUAUAGCAGAAUCACAUACUCAAUUACAAGCUGAUGAAUUGAAACGUUGUCAACAAUUAGAAAUUGAAUGUAAUCAAUUACGUAAUGAAAUAAAGACGAGUAAUAGUGAAGUCCAAGGUUUACAAUUACAGUUAGAUCAGCUGAGUAGAGAAUAUCAAAAUCAAGGCAGGAGAAUGGAACAAAUGACGAUUGAACUAAGUACAACACAAGCGAAUACAAAUCAAAUGAAACAAGAAUUACAACUAUGCAGAGAACGUAACAAAGAACUUGAAAAACAAAUUACUGAUAGUAAUCAAACAAUUAGAGAAUCCGAGAAUGAAACAUUGAAUAUUCUACGUGAAGAAUUAAAAGAUUCUCAACUGAUUAAACAACAACUUGAAGAACAAUUAAAUUUACUGCAAGAUGAAUUAAGACAAACACGACAGGAAUUGGAUGAAAAAAUUAGAACUAUAGAUAUGUUAGAAAAUACUCAUGUAAGUUAUGGGCGAUUGGUGUUAACAGAGUUCUUUCUUAAUUGCAAUGAGUUUGUCAAUCAUAAAAAUUCGAAAAUAUGA